GUAGUUCGUUGCUUGACCGUGUGCGGUUGUAUACUUGGGGAAAUAUACCAAGACACAAUUGAACAUUUUCGAAAAUUUCAAGAAGAAAAAAAAAAAAACAUAAAUAAGCCGUCUAUAAAUGAAGAGCGAACAAAGUGAAAAGUUGAAUUGCUGCAAAGUGUCAAGUACGGACAAAGACUGUGCGGAAUUUCGACAAAAUUAUUAGCAAAGCCGUGAUAAAAGCGAACACUUGGAUUAUCGCUCACGGUGUACCAGCUGGUGCUGAGUUUGAAAACGAAAAACAAAGUUUAAAAAAUAAAGAAAACAUAGUCAAAUAUUCAUAACACUUGUGGUGGAAAUUUAAUAAAAUUUAACAGAAUGAUUUUUGUGUAAGUGCUUUGCCACAAAUACUGCGCAUAUAAACGUGUAAAAAUAUAUGUAUGUGGCACCUAUAAAUGCAAACUAAUAACUAAACAACAACAAACAUUUGUGUUUACAACGGAAACGCGUUAUUAGACGAUUUGUGCAGGAAAUCAAAUAAAAAUUAAAAAUCAAAUCAAAUUGUAAUUAGUGAUCGCUGCGCUUGCCAUGAGCGUGGGAAAUAUUGGUGAAAUCGAAAAAUUGCAUGACGCCUGAUAUUUGAUGUGCACGUGAAACUGCUGGACUGCUGAAAAAGCAAUGGAACGCUUAUAAAAUCAAUUCAUUACACGCGCUUCAUAUAUCUUCGAUUUCACAAACGCAUCACAACGCAUCGCAAAGACAACAAAAAGCUUUACAGUCGUAUCGACUGUGAAAUAACAAAAAUAACUCACAACAAAACUCACACACGCACACAUAUGAAAAUGUUGCGUCUCGAAGGCAUUUUCUUCACUUCGUUGGUCUACUUGCUGCUUGCCGCCACUGCCAGCGGUUUGGCUAACUGUCCGCCUGGGUGCCAGUGCGAUGACAAUACGCUGGUCGUGCAGUGCGGCGAGGGUCAAUUGGAUGUGCUACCCAUUGCACUCAAUCCGUCCAUACAACGUUUGGUGAUACGCAACAACAAAAUCAAGACGAUCGAUUCCUCAAUACAAUUCUACGCCGAGCUGACAUUCCUCGAUUUGUCUUCAAAUCACCUGAUGACCAUACCGCAGCGCACCUUCGCCUACCAGAAAAAACUGCAGGAGGUGCAUUUGAAUGACAAUAAGAUAGGCGCGAUCAGCAAUAAGACAUUGAUAGGUCUCUCGGCGGUAACGGUGUUGAAUUUACGAGGCAACUUGAUUUCAGAGCUCCACUUGGGCACCUUUACGCCAUUGGUGAAAAUCGAGGAGCUGAAUUUGGGCAAGAACCGCAUCGGCUUUGUGGAUCCCAAAGCGUUUGACGGUUUGUCACAAUUGCGUAUUUUGUAUUUGGAUGACAAUGCGUUAACCUCGGUGCCAGAUCCGGUAAUCUUUCAAUCGAUGCCCAGUUUGGCAGAACUCUUUCUUGGCAUGAACACCUUGCUAACAGUGCCCGCUGCCGCCUUCCAAGAUGUGCCCGCCUUGACACGUCUGGACUUGCGUGGCGCUGGAUUGCGUAAUAUCUCGCAUGAUUCAUUCAAGGGCUUGGAAGCGUUGCGCCAGCUGGAUCUGUCAGACAAUCGGCUGACACGCGUGCCCACCUUCAGUCUUAGUCACUUGGUGCGUUUGGAAGAAUUGACUCUGGGCCAGAACGACUUCGAAGUGAUUGUUGAAGGUGCUUUUGUUGGACUAAAGCAGUUGAAACGUUUGGAUAUCAGUGGCGCUCUUCGAUUGAAGCGCAUCAUGAAUGGCGCGUUUUCCACAAAUGGCAACUUGGAGUACUUAAAUCUCUCGUCGAACAAGAUGUUGCAUGAGGUGCAAGAAGGCGCUCUCAGCGGUUUACCCAACAUGCGUCACGUCAUCCUGAAAGCGAAUGCGCUCACCUCGCUUGCGGAGGGCCUGUUUCCAUGGCGUGAUCUCAUCACACUUGAUCUAUCGGAGAAUCCGAUCUCUUGCGACUGUCGCGUGAUGUGGUUGCGCAAUUUAUUGGUGGAGAAGAAUGGCACAAACGAUGCAAUCUCUGAAGUCUACUGCGCAUUUCCCGAUCGCCUGCAUGGCGAAGCGUUGCGCAACCUGAACCCAACCCUUAUGGGCUGCUCACACACCGAUCCACGUAAACAAGCUUUGAUUGGCGCGCUGCUCGUUGGUUCAGCUGCCACGCUAACUGCCUUGGCUUUGAUACUAUACCGUUGUCGUCGCAAGAUACGUGACUACAUCAACAGCGGCGUGUGGGGUAAUUCAGCAUUGGGACGUAAGGAGCGUGAAUAUCAGAAAACUUUCUGCGAUGAGGACUACAUCACGCGCCAUCAACAUCAUCCCUGCAGUCUGGGCAUACAUUCGACCUUCUCGAACACCUACACACCACACCAUCCAGCCGCGCGCCACUACGGCUUCUGCACCAUGCCCAUCAAUGACUUGAAUGCACCAGAUGCACAGAAAAAUCUACAACAGCUGCAAGUACCAACGGCAUCGGUGCUGAACGAAAAGAAAGCCCUACAAACGAGUGUUAAUAUUGACGAUUGCGUACCCUACUCUCUGCGCAUUAAGCCCUCCAAUGGCAGCGCAACGGAACCGCAGCAAAGCGUGAACCAUUACACGAAACCGCAAUUCGCGCAUUCUGCCGUUACGCUCGAUGUCGGUGAGCCGUGCUACUCGUAUGCCGAUGUGCCAAUGAUGCAUUCGCCUGGGGUGAAUGCCUGCGAGGCACGCCAACAUCAGCUGCGACUCACCCAAGAACACUUCAACCAGCAACAACAACAGCAGCUAAAACAACAACAACAGUCGCUGCAUUAUGGCACUUCGGCACGUAGUGAAUGCGACGCGUCUAGCGAUGUAAUGGAUGCCAACUACAUCUACAGCAACACUCACUACUCCAUGCCACUGGAACAGGCGCGCAACGCUAAAACACCUACACCACCACCAUUGCCGCCAGCACUGCCACUGCGCAAUGGCUUGGCGACCUCAGGUCGUCGUUCUUUUAUGGGUGGUAAUGCACACAAGCAACAACUGCAGCAGUCCCAGCCUCAGCAGCAGCAGCAGAACAGCAACACAAUGCGUAAUCCACACUGAUCGCAGGUGUUUAGUGUCGGUAAUGAGCUGCCGCUGGCAGUGCGUUACCCCACCUAUCACCAUCCGAAGCUGAGCUUAUACGCUUAGUGGGCGCCAACUGUGAUGUGACCGAGUGUCGUAGCGUAAGCGAAGAAAGAGAGAGGGAGAGAGGGAGCGCAGGAGGAGUGAGUAGGAGAGAUAAAGAGAUAGAACUUCAAGUAUUACUACCGAGGACCCUAAGUACAUAAAUAGAAAACCAACGAAUUAUAUCACUUAAGUAACUAAUUAGCAGCAAAGACAAUAGGCUAAGUUUGUGCACCUAAAAAUAUGCUUUGAAAUGGUGGUUUGGCAACCAGCGGAAUGCCAUAGAAGUACAGAAAUGAUUCUUCAAUGAAAUUACUUUCAAAGUAUGAGCUAAAAAAUCCUUUCACAAAAAAAAAUUUUAGUUUAAAAUUCGCAUUACUAAAGGAACAGCAACAAAUCGGAAGACAGAAGUUAUGUGUAAAUAUAUUUAUAAAUAUUGUAGUAUAACAGUUAAAUGUAGAUAAUAAGCAUUCUUAUUAUUAUUUUUUGUUUAAACAAAAGCACUGAAUUGUAUUAACGGUAACUGUAAAGAUAAGAAAGAAUUGUACUUAUUUGGUGGUUAAAGGAUUGUAAAUUAUUUAACACAAAAGCUGUUUAGUUAGACUAUUUAAUUUUAACAAGAAUUCCUGCGCUAAGUUGAAUAGUUAGAAGAAUAUUUAAAUUAUAAAAAUCGACGACAAAAUCCAAAAAUAGUAA